AUGUCGCCUAUAAGUCACCUGUUAGUUCACCUGGUGGAAGCGUUGUCGCUGUCGCCGCCUCCUCCUCCCCCUCUUCUUCUAGAGCACGACGGAAAUGAGCCAUCGAGACCUAGGAUGAAUGAUAUACCGGGGAGGCCAGAAACAGUUGGUGGUCUUAUCUUGAGAUUAUCGCAGGUUGUAUUUGUAGCGACAGCUCUUUGCAUUAUGGCUACCACCAAUGACUUUUCUUUCGUCACUGUAUUUCGUCAUCUCGUUGCCGUUGUUGGCAUACAAUGCUUGUGGAGUUUGUCACUGGCUAUAGCCGAUAUAUAUGCCCUUCUAGUUGGCCGGUGUUUGCAGAAUAAUAAACUUGUUGCCUUAUUUGCUAUUGGUGAUGGGAUAACAUCUACUCUAACGAGAUUUCAGAUAGCCAGAGCUAUGGCUUUUCUCCGCUGGUUUUCUGUUUUCUCAUCAUUUCUCUUGAAUUCCUAA